AUGUCUGCAACUCAGUUACUCAAUCCCAAGGCCGAGUCGAGGCGGAGGGCGGAAGCCUUGAGGGUCAAUAUUAGUGCUGGUGAAGGUCUCCAGGAUGUUCUUAAAUCUAACCUGGGCCCCUCCGGGACAUUGAAGAUGUUGGUGGACGGUGCCGGCGGAAUCAAAUUGACUAAGGAUGGGAAUGUGCUAUUGCGAGAGAUGCAAAUCCAAAACCCAACCGCCGUCAUGAUUGCCCGAGCUGCGACAGCACAGGAUGAUAUCACUGGUGAUGGAACAACUUCCGUGGUGUUGUUGGUGGGAGAACUUCUGAAGCAGGCAGACCGUUACAUUUCCGAGGGAUUGCACCCUAGAGUAAUCACAGAUGGAUAUGAGAUCGCGAAGAACGAGGCUCUUAAGUUCCUUGAUCAGUUUAAGAUUGAGCGUGCAAUCGACCGUGAGCUGUUGCUGUCUGUCGCUCGGACUUCGCUCAGUACGAAAUUGAACAGUGCACUUGCCGAGAAGCUUACCCCCGACAUCGUCGAUGCCGUUCUCGCUAUCCACAGAGCUCCCGAGAAGCCAGAUCUGCACAUGGUUGAGAUCAUGACCAUGCAACACCGCACAUCUUCUGACACUCAACUCAUCCGUGGUCUUGCCCUGGACCACGGUGCAAGACACCCUGAUAUGCCUAAGAGGGUUGAAAAUGCUUUCAUCCUCACCUUGAACGUCAGUUUGGAGUAUGAGAAGUCAGAGAUUAACUCCGGUUUCUACUACUCUUCUGCUGAACAAAGAGAUAAAUUGGUGGAGAGUGAGCGCAAGUUUGUGGACUCCAAACUGCAGAAGAUUGUGGAGCUCAAGAAGCAGGUUUGCGGCCUGGAUCCGAAGAAGAACUUCGUUGUCAUCAACCAGAAGGGUAUCGAUCCCCUGAGCUUGGAUGUCCUUAGCAAGAACGGUAUCCUUGCCCUUCGGAGAGCUAAGCGGAGAAACAUGGAGCGUCUCCAGUUGAUCUGCGGUGGUGUCGCCCAGAACAGUGUAGAGGAUUUAACGCCUGACGUUCUCGGAUGGGCCGGUCUUGUUUACGAACACCAGCUCGGGGAAGAGAAGUAUACUUUCGUCGAAGAAGUUAAGGACCCCAAGUCCGUCACCAUCCUCAUCAAGGGACCCAACCAGCAUACCAUCGCUCAGGUUAAGGAUGCCGUCCGUGAUGGCCUGCGGUCUGUGUACAACUCUAUCGUCGAUGGCUGCGUCAUCCCCGGCGCUGGUGCGUUUCAAGUUGCCUGUGCCGCUCAUCUGUCGUCCGAGAACUUCCGCAAGACUGUGAAGGGUAAGGCUAAGUGGGGUGUCGCCGCCUUUGCGGAUGCCCUUUUGGUCAUUCCCAAGACGCUUGCGGCCAACUCAGGUCACGACAUUCAAGACUCUUUGGCAGCCCUGCAAGAUGAGCGGACAGACGGCAACAUUGUUGGUUUGGAUUUAACUACUGGCGAGCCGAUGGACCCCGUGCAGGAGGGUGUCUUCGAUUCCUUCCGUGUCUUGCGCAACUGCGUCGCAUCAAGCACUGGUAUCGCUUCGAACUUGCUUCUGUGCGACGAGCUGCUGAAGGCCAGGCAGAUGGGUAAGCAGGGAGGACCAGGUGGUAUGGAUGAGUAA